GUUUGCAGCAAUGGGCUCCAGCCAGCUUAUUGUGUUUGGCUUUGUGCUGGUCUGUGUGAGGCUUAGUGAUGCUCGAUUCCUCAGUAUGAGUGAGCCAAUCUACUGGGGGGUUGAGGCGCAGAAGCCCGCAGCAGCAGUAAAACCUGAGAGGGGGCACUCGGGGGCGUUUGUUCAAGAAGCUGGCAGACUCCAGGUAGAGCAGCUUCAGCCAACAGUAAACGCACUCUCCUGGAGUUUUCCAGCAGAUCCGGUGGAUCCAGUGAUCAGGCCUCCUCCUAAGUUUGAAUGGCCGCAACGGGUGACGAGCAAGCGUGUUGCCGUGAGGUGUGGGGAAAGUAGAGUCCAGGUGGAAGUGAGUCAAGACCUGCUUGGACUCGGCAAGUUGAUAAAGCCAGAGGACACCAUGCUCGGUGGUUGUUCAGCCACUGAUGUUGACAAGUUGUCUCAUGUGCUUGUCUUUGAAUCAGAGCUGCAUGGCUGUGACAGCAAACUUGUGAUGACAGACAAUGCCUUUAUUUAUGCAUUUACACUGGUCUACAACCCCAAAGUGUUAAGUGGUAUAAUAAGGAGCCAGAGGGUUGUCAUUGGAGUGGAGUGCCACUACCCGAGGUGAAGUCUGGAUCAGCCAGAAAAGACCCACUUCAGUGUAAUCAUUGUCAAGUGGCAUAUUCAAUAAAUAAAAUGUAAUGACUAUA